AAAGCAACGAACAAACAAAACUAGACAGAGUGAAAACAAAUUAGUACGUGCUUUGUUUCUAUGAAAUCACUGUAUCUAUACUAUAUCUAUCUCUCUCUCUAUCUAUAUAUAUACAAGCAUAAAGCUCCCUGCUUUAUUUUAGCUCCUAUAUUCCCAUUCUUCCUUUAUCUCUCUCUCCUCUCUCUCUCUCUCUCUCAAGCUUCCAGUUGAUGUGAUUCUCCACUAGAGCUCCAAAAACCCCAUACCCUUUACAAAAGAGAAGGAGCCAUGGUUUUUUCUUCAGUUCCAGCUUAUCUUGAUCCAUCCAAUUGGCAUCAGCCACAAAAUCAUCAUAUAAUUGGCAGCAGCGGCACAAACCACCAUCUACUCCCACCACAGCAGCCGGCGGCGACGCCCCCGCCUCCUCCGCAGCCCCAUGGCGGCGGAUCAUCGAUCCGGCCGGGCACGAUGUCGGAGCGGGCCCGCAUGGCGAACGUGCCGAUGCCGGAUUCAUCCCUAAAAUGCCCUCGCUGCGAAUCCACCAACACCAAAUUCUGCUACUUCAACAACUACAGCCUCUCCCAGCCUCGCCACUUCUGCAAGACCUGCCGCCGCUACUGGACCCGCGGCGGCGCCCUGCGCAACGUGCCCGUCGGCGGCGGCUGCCGCCGAAACAAGCGCAGCAAGUCCACCAGCUCCAAGUCCUCCCCGGCCAGCGGCGACCGCCAGACCACCUCCACCUCCACCAGCACCAUCUCCACCAGCGCCGGCAUGCUCGGCCAGUUCCCGCCGCUUCGCUUCAUGUCGCCGCUGAGUCAACUCACCGAUAACUUCGCCGGCGACAUGGGCUUGAACUACAGCGCACCGCCGGUGGGGACCAGCGAGAUGGGGUUCCACGGCGCCGGGGGGAUGGCUUCGCUUCUGUCGAGUGUCGGCGGCAUUGAGCCGUGGCGGCUGCAGCAGGUGCAGCAGUUCCCCUUCUUCGGCGGCUUGGAGGCGUCGGCGCCGGGGAAUUACCAAUUCCACGGCGGCGAGUCGGGGUUUCUGAACCACGAAGCGAGUCGGCCCAAGUUUUCGAGCUCGCUCUUGACUCAGCUGGCGUCGGUGAAAAUGGAGGAAAACCCUAAUCUGUCGAGGCAAUUGAUGGGAGGAAAUGGAAUUGCAGGAAAUGAACAAUGGAAUUCCAACACCAAUUGGACAGAUCUCUCCAGUUUUAGUUCUUCUUCCACCACCACUCCAUUGUAAUUCAAGAGUGAUGAACGCUGCCCUAGAAAUUGGUAGGUUUCAAAUUUUUUUUUUGGGGUUUUUUUUUGGGAUGAAAAUUUUAUUUUCUAGUUUAAUAUGCCUACUAGCUCUGUACUGCCUGAGAUUAAUGUUUAGAUGAAUGUGUGAUUUCUCGUAAUUUUUUCUUUCUUAGAAAUGGAGAUAUAUAUAUCGUUUUCCUUUGAA